CGGAAAGUUGAAUUUUUGUCAGUCUACCGGAAUUCGUCGCCACAUAAUUUUUAAUACGUCGGCAGUCGGCAGUUUUCUUCAUUCGUUCUUGUUGGAUUUUCUUCUUUCCCCUUAAAAUUUUUUUUAAAGUUUUCAAUUCUUUCAAAACAAAAAUUUUCCGCGAAUAAAAUUUUCACGCCACGCUUUAUUGAAAGCAGAAAAGCGGUUCAAAUUUAUCAGGUUAAGCCGAAAGCUUUUUUGUGCGCGUCCUUGUUUGUGUGAAAGGAAAAUUGAAAUAGAAAGAAUCCAAGUGAAUCUUAAAGAAAAAUUCAACGCGUUAAAAAGCGUGUAUGAACGAAGGAAGAAGAAUUCCACUUGGCUACUACCUAGUAACGAUUUGUAACAGUAAACAAACAGAGUCAACAAUAGAUCAACUAGCAAAAAUACACAAUAAAUAACAGCAAAUAUAGCAACAAUAAAAACACAAAACUUACAGAUCGAGCAACAUCAAUCGUCAACCGUCAACAAUCAAGAAUUCACAAAUAAGUAAGCCAAGUUAGCAAACACGACGACGACUAACACCAAUUCGAAAUCUAAACAUUUCCGUUAGAAAAAAAAAUAACAAAAAAUUACAACAGCAAUAAAAAAGUUAAAAAAAAAAGAAAAUAGCUCAUUACUUCGGCGACUCAUAGCAAAUGAAUUAGGCGAAUUAAAGAAGAAAUAAAGUUUUUUUGUAACAAAAGAAAAAAACAAAAAAAAAAAAUAGUAAACCUAAGUAAAAGCGGUAAAAUAUCACUAGCAACAAUAACUACAGCAAGUAAAGUAGUUGUAGUAGUAGUAGUAAACGGCUAUAGUAGAGGAGCAGUAAACUAAGAGCGGCCAAAAAAAUGUCAUUUCGCGUUGUACGAAGUUCAAAAUUUCGUCACGUCUACGGUCAGGCACUGAAACGUGAGCAAUGCUACGACAAUAUACGCGUCUCAAAAAGUAGUUGGGACUCCACAUUCUGUGCGGUGAAUCCGAAAUUCUUGGCCAUCAUUGUGGAAUCCGCUGGCGGUGGAGCCUUCAUUGUACUGCCACAUAAUAAGGUCGGUCGCAUAGCUGCCGAUCAUCCAUUGGUGGGUGGCCAUAAAGGACCUGUGCUGGAUAUUGCCUGGUGUCCGCACAAUGAUAAUGUGAUCGCCUCUGGUUCUGAGGAUUGUGUGGUAAAGGUUUGGCAAAUACCCGAUGGCGGUCUGUCGCGUACACUCACCGAACCAGUUGUCGAUUUGGUGUUCCAUCAACGUCGCGUCGGUCUUGUGCUGUGGCAUCCGUCCGCGCUCAAUGUGCUGCUGACAGCGGGCUCUGACAAUCAGGUUGUCAUUUGGAAUGUGGGCACUGGUGAGAUACUCGUUCACAUCGACUCUCAUCCGGAUGUUGUGUACAGCGCUUGCUUCAACUGGGACGGUUCGAAGUUGGUUACCACCUGUAAGGACAAAAAGAUUCGCAUCUAUGAUCCACGUAGCGGUGAAAUAGAAAGCGAAGCACUUUGUCAUGAGGGAUCGAAAGCAACGCGCGCCAUCUUCCUGCGUCAUGGACUCAUAUUCACCACCGGUUUCAAUCGCUCAUCGGAACGUCAGUACUCGCUACGCGCACCCGACGCCCUCAAUGAACCCAUCGUCAUGGUGGAGUUGGACACAUCCAACGGUGUGAUGUUCCCACUUUACGAUGCCGAUACGAAUCUGAUUUACCUCUGCGGUAAAGGUGAUUCAGUCAUACGUUACUUUGAGAUAACACCAGAGCCACCGUUCGUGCACUAUAUUAACACAUUUCAAACGCCAGACCCUCAACGCGGUAUUGGUUUGAUGCCAAAGCGUGGCUGCGAUGUCACAACCUGCGAAAUUGCCAAAUUUUACCGGCUGAAUAAUAAUGGUUUGUGUCAGGUGAUCUCGAUGACAGUGCCGCGUAAAUCGGAUCUGUUCCAAGAGGAUUUGUACCCGGACACACUGGCCGAAGAUGCAGCACAAACAGCUGAAGAAUGGAUCGCUGGCAAUGAUGCAGAGCCACUAACAUUUUCGCUUAAAGAUCGUGUCUCUAUUGUACAGGGUGGCUAUGUCUCACAAUCGGCCAGCAAGUCGCUGUCGGUGUCAAAGAAAGCGAAUAUCCUCAAUAAAGCUUCGGCGGGUACUUCGAAGAGUGCGAGCAGCGCAGUAAUUGGUGGCAAUCAUGCAACGUCGAUUAACAACAACGCAUCGAGCGGGUCCGGCGGUAUAAGCGGUGUCAGCGAAAAGGAUUUGCGAGACAUCACCGACGAAAUACGUAAGCUGAAGGCGAUUAUUGUGAAGCAUGAGAAUCGUAUACGCGCGCUAGAGGCAGCUGUGCGUGCACAAGAAGGCGACGAUGUCGAUGCAAGACCAGCGGCGUCGGCUGCCGCUGCUGGCAACGGCAAUACUUCGUCCAAGUCGGCAACAGAUGGUGGCGCGCAAAAGGAGAGCAACGACAAUAGCAGUGCCAACGAUCAGAGUCACCCGACCACCACUGCGAACGACGAUGAAUUUAAUUAAAUUUAUAUUAAAAUAAUUUUUAAUUAAACUUGCUCCGCGACGCUUUAUCGAUUCAAAAUACGUUUCGUUUGUAUUAAUAUUAAUAUUAUUUUAUCGAUUUUUAAAUUAUUUUAAAAUAAUACUUAGAGCUUUUUCCACCUUUUAAUUUUAUGAAAACCAGAAAAAUACAUUUUUACAUUUUCAUUAUUACAUUUUUAAAUAAACUUAAAGAAAUAUUGUUUGUAAAUUGUCCACUUACACACACACACUCACACACUCUAAAUGUGCUUUAGUUAGACUUAAAAUAUCGUAAAUAACAAUUUAAAAAAAAAAAAGAAAAUGUAAAAAGCAAAACUUGUUAGAAAAUCGUUGGAAGUUGUCUGUAAUUAGAACAACUGAAAAUAAAGCAAAUCGAAAAUUUGUAUAUUACCAUUGUAAAAGAGUAGUUUAACUCUAAACAUGCAUAUUUCUUUUCACACACACACUCACACAAGAGCUGACGGCAACAGCAAUGUUAACUUUGGACAGGGCAGUUGACUACGAAUAUAUAUAUAACAUAGUUUGAGUGAGCAAACGCUUAGGUACAGCAGAGAAUGUUAAUGCAAUGAGAAGGCGCAAAUGUUACUGUUAAACAUUUUCAGUACAAUUGAGUUUUGAAAGGUUGUUUGUAAGGUUUUUUGGAACACCGACCAUAUCGACACCACACCGGUGAUAUACACUAGACUGGCAGAGCUUAGUAUUGCUGCAACAACAACAACAAAAACAACACAACACUGAAUUUUGCACACACAAAAAUUGAAAACACCACACAUUGGCAUUCCAUUAACAUUCUCUGCUUACAGCUGCGUGCUCUGCCGACACGAACAGAGCUCUGUUAAACAGUUUUGUUAUAACGGAUAUUAAGAGUGAUUUUGAGUCAUUAUGUAUGGAUAAAACGCGUGAUUAAACAUGCAUAAUUAGAAAAAAUUACUAUUAUUACAAAAAAGAAGUAUAAUUCGUUAUGUGAAAACGCAUUAAUAUUAUGGUAUUCAGCUCUUAUAAGCGUGAAAUUAACAGACAUCUGCAAUUCGUGCACAUAACUGAAUAGCAGAGCGCCAGCCUGCAUACAAGGGCGCUCAACGCCUGUAUCUCUUACAAAACGAGCCAAGAGAUUGUCUGGUAGCAUUUUUUUUUUUCUUUUUGUGUUUUUGACUGACUGCAAUAGACGCACUUAAAUUCAAAUUUUCGAGAUUAUAUGAUAUUUGUAUAUUUGCCGUAAAUGUAGUUAUCGUUUCGAUUAGUUGUUUUACACUUGAAUGUGUUUCCCUCCCGCCGUUGCUGCCUUUUAAUGCUCACAAAUUUUCGCGUUGUACAAUAACUUUAUAGAAAAAAAUAGAAAUAUAUAUUUUUAAAAUCAGUUGUUGCUACUCACCGAAAUAAGAACAUUUUUGCACUCCGUUAACGCGCGCGCUGGUUAUUUCGUUAAAUAUGCAGACAUACGUACAUGCAUACGUAUGUAUAUGCAUGGCAAGUUAGAAAAUGCGGAAAUAAAAAUGCUAACACGAAAUUGUGUAAUUUUAAAUGGAGUUUGUGAAUAAUUGAAAAAUAAAAUUAUCUUAGUUCAAGUUGCCUCAAAAUAACAUACCUGUGUACUGUAUUAAAAUAAUCUUAAAAUGGUGAGCGCCAAAUCAUAAAAUGCUAUACUAAAUAAAUACUAAGAGAUUAAUACAAUAUUUCAAUGUUCAAUUAUUUGCUUAUUUUCAUUUUCAUUUCCCAGAUGUUAAACGUAGAACAAUUAAUAAAUGUAUUUGAGCAGCAUUAAUGAAACAAAACUAAUCAGCCGAUUUAACAAAACACACUACUAUUGUGACUGAAACAAUGCGCGGCGAUAGCAGAGAACUGAAAAUAGCUUAUUUUCGUAAAAUGAACAAAGAUUUGAUAAUAUCAAAAAGCAUAUAAUAAAAAACUGCGAAAACUGAAAACUCUUUUAAGGGUGGCUAUUUAUGUAUGUACAUUUUCUGCUGUCUGUCCAACGCUGCAAAUCGUCCUCUCUAAUAUUAGCAUACUUAUAUAAAAUUUAUGCCAAAUUAAUAAUGUAUUUUUACUAUACAUACAUACAUUAUUGCCUAAAAAUAUAUAUAUACAAAAAACAUAUAUAUGUAUGUUAAAUAAAGCUAAAUAUGAUACGAGAAAAAGUAAUAAUGUAUUUAUAUAGGCAUUUUUUGAUAACGAAAAACGAAAAAAAAACUUACAAAAGUCGUUGUAAACUUUAUACUAAGCGUGGAAAAAAUCGUAAAGUAUGUGAGAAGCUGUGUAAUGGCAAAAUACGUUAAACUGGUCUGGCGAAACGAUUAUAUAAGAAAAUGAAAGUAAUAUUUCGUUGACUAGUGUUGCGUGCGCAAAAACUAAAGAAUUAGGACGAUAAGUAUAACUGGACAAAGCUUGAAAAACAUGAAACACGAAAUUUUAUAUACGUACUUUAAGAAAUCUAUUUUUUUCCUGUUUUUGGUUUACCUUAUUUCUGUACACUUCAGAUUUGCCUCGAAAAUUGUGUACUUUCCGUUUGCUUGUAAUAUAUUUAACCUGUUAAGUGAUUAUGCCGUAUAUAUGCGUCAAUUUCAAAAGUUAAUUUUUUAGUUUAUGUCGUAUGUGUAUGUGCGUCAUGCCGAAAAAGGAAAUUGCAUUUGCUAUGAAAUUUAAAGUUAAGCCAAAAACGAAAAUUGCCCUGUUAUUUUGACAUUAUAAAGUAAGCAUAAACACUGAAUUUCCUGAUAAUCGUUCAGCCAACGCGCACGGUGCAUCCAAUAUUUGGCUGAAAACCGGUUUUGCAUCGACAGUCUUCGCUUGAAAUUAAUUCAGCACAGUAAAUCGAGCUUUAUAAGAAAAACUAAUCGCUUAACAGGUUAAUUGUAGUCUUAAUUUUUUUAAAGACGUUUUAAAUGUAUUUAAAUUACUUUAAAAUAAUUCGUUUGUAUGUCUCUCUUUUUUACACCCUAUUUUUGUAUUAUUAUUUUGUGACUUUUCUGUAUUGAUACAACAAAAAAAUGACUUGUUAUGGAAUGUUUCAAUAAAUGCGAUUGUAGUUCAUAUUUCCAA